AUGGAAGAUGAGACCCUGAGGCUUCUGGGCAGAGGAAGGAGCAUCCCACUGCAGACUUCCUCUCCAGUUGCCACGAGUGCCAAAGCCGAUGACUGUGGUCCCUCUAUUGGACUAGCAGCUGGAAUCCCAUCCCUGCUGGCCACAGCCCUGCUGGUGGCCUUGCUGUUUACUUUGAUUCAGCGAAGAAGAAGCAUGGAUGAGCCCAUUGAGGAAAGUGAGAGACCAUGUGAAAUUUCAGAACUCUACGAUGACAAUCCCAAAAUGUCGGAGAAUCCUAGGCGGUCACCCACACAUGAGAUGGACCCACGAGGUACCCAGCAAGGCCACAUAUAUGUGAAGACGGUCUCUGGAAGUGAGGAACCCCUGCCUGACACUUACCGUCCUCCUGAAGAAAUAGAGAGAAGGAGAGGGCUGUGGUGGCUUGUACCAAGACUGAGCCUAGACUGACAUAGCUUUGAUAGACAGCUGACUCGGAACUGGAACAGGGCUGACAACCCCAGGAUCUGUGCUUAGGAACCAUGCUUGGAGAGGCAAGAAGCCAGUUGCCUCCCUUUCCACAUACAUUUCAUUUAUAGAUCUGAGGUGUAUCUGGGUUGAUUUCCUCAUUAGGGGGAUGGGGCAGUUUAAGGUGAAUUCAACCUUGGACCUUGCAGUUUAAUCAUCAGUACAACCCAGGUGAGUUGCUACCCAUUCAGAUGAGCCCCCUUGGUCCUGUUUCUUAAUCCAGAGACGUUAGCUUUGGGGAAAUUGGUGUGGCUUCUGAGCGUCCUGCCUUCUCCUCUGCCUACACCAUCUCUUGUCUUAAAACAAUAAAUAAAUA